CCAAGAUUGGUGUCUGGAGCUCAAGUGCAGGGAUCAGUUGGGGGUGGGGUUAUUUUACAGGAAGUGAAAGACUUCUCCCAAGAGAAGACAGGAACUAGAGUUGAACAACUGGUGCCCGCACAGCCUAGUUGGACUUCGGUGAGGCAGUUCUGUCAUGAGGUCGGCUGUGCUGAUUUUAGCCUCUCUCGGGCUUCUAACAGCCCAGGGAACAGAGAUUGACUGUCCUCACAAAAAAUCAGCCACUCUGCUGCCAUCCUUCACGGCGACACCGACAGCUACAAAAAGCACAGUGAGACCUACGACCAGCCAUGUACCCUCCACCACCAGUCAUGGAAAUGCCACGGUUCACCCAACAAGCAAUAGCACUGCUACCACUGCUGGGCCUACAACUGACACUCAGAGUCCUGCUGCUGCCACUACUCCUGGAAAUGCUACUGUUCAUCCCACAACAAGCAAUGGCACUACUACCAGCCCAAGAUUCUCGACUACUUCCCCUACUCGGGGACCACCCCCCCCCUGCCCAAGUCCUAGUCCAGGCUCCAACAAGGCUAUAGGAAACUACACAUGGACUAACGGUUCCCAGCCCUGUGUCCGGCUCCAAGCCCAGAUUCAGAUUCGAGUCCUGUACCGUACCCAGGACGGAGGAGAGGCCUGGGGCGUCUCUGUACUGAACCCCAAUAAAACCAAGACCCAGGGGGGCUGUGAGGGUGCCCAUAUGCACCUGCUUCUCUCAUUUCCCAAUGGGCAUCUCAGCUUUGGAUUCAAGCAGGACAUGCAACAGAGCAAGAGUGUAGUCUACCUGAACUACAUGGAAGUGGAGUACAAUGUGUCCUUCCCCCAGGCAGCCCAGUGGACAUUCUUGGCUCAGAAUUCCUCCCUUCGAGAUCUCCAAGCACCUCUGGGCCAAAGCUUCAGUUGCAGAAAUGCCAGCAUCCUUCUUUCUCCAGCUUUUCACCUUGACCUGCUCUCUCUGAGGCUACAAGCCGCUCAGCUGCCUCACACAGGAGUCUUUGGGCCAAGUUUUUCUUGCCCUGGAGACCAAUCCAUCAUGCUGCCUCUCAUCAUUGGCCUGACCCUGCUUGGCCUCCUCGCCCUGGUGCUUGCUGCCUUCUGCAUCAUUCAGAGACGCCCAUCUGCCUACCAGGCUCUCUAAGCAUUUGCCCCACCCUAAGGGCUCUAAGAGGCAUCCUUAUUUCCUCAUCAUGAAACCAACCCGGAGACAAAGUUAUCAUCCUUUACUGUCUUUCUUAAAGAACAAAAUAGUUAAUGCAAUUGGAAGAGAAAAGAGGUUUUUAUUAAAGGAGAUAGCCCCAGUGCCAGUAUAAAAACCUCAAAUCUUUUAUCUUUGAUUUCUUUUGUCCUGUCAGGAUUAAAAGCUGUGUCUUGUUACAUGC